ACUGUCUAAAAACAAGUUAAUAUAUCUUACUGGGAUGUUACCCUUUAGUUCAUUUUGUCUUGUGAUAAGAUUAUUUUGACUAGAAACAAGACAAAUAUACUUGCUAAGAUUCUGAGUUUUUGCAGUGUAUGACUGCUGCUCCGCAGCUCUGUUCUGAACUUCCUGAGCUGAAAUACCACAGGGGAACAAUACUACAAUACGUGCCAUCUAACCAACCCACUCUGUUGUUGAUGAUAUUACUCCGACACCCCAUAUCAGGAAGGGUUUUAGUUCAUAAUAAUAUUGUGGCGGUCCGGAGUUUCCAUGUAUUUUGUUAUUAUUUCACUGCAGGUCUGUGGCGGUUAAAUCAUAAAGGAACGAUCUGUACUGUCCCUCAUUGUGACUGUACCAUAAAUUUAACAAUCAUAAGUCAUUGUAAUGAGUUCAGCAUAACUGUGGGCCCAGAGAAAGAUGUAAUGAUGAAUCACUUUACAUCGCACUUCCAUUUCUGUUUUGCCAGUUGCGUCUGUGUUGCAAACUCUUUCCACUAUUGGAAACCACCUCUGCCCCUCUUUUGUUUAUGGAACAGACCUCGUCUGUCACUGAAACUCAUUUGACCAGCUGAGAACAGUGAGUCAGUUUUUUCGAUAAGCCGACAGGAAAACAACAGCCCAUGUGGAGGAAUAAGAUAGCACUGCCAACAUUUCCAUGAGUGCUCUGAACACACUUUUUUUUCUUUAAAACCAGAUACAUGCUUUUAUUUUAUUCAUUUAUUCAGGCUCAAAACAAUGCUAAUAGACUACACUAGACAAAACAUUACAUGCCUGCGGUCUUUGAAUCCCACAUUUAAGGGUAACCUGCUUAAAAAGCAGAAGGGACAUCUUUUUUUUUUUGUUUGUUUGGUUUUUUUUUUUUUAGGUAAAUGCUAAAUAUUUGAUGUCUAACGUAUCACAGCCUCAUUCCUCCCAGACUCAUAGUUGUGCAAAUCCGAGCUCAGCUUUGAUCAGGUUAAUACCACCGCUACCACUUCUCUCUGUAGAUAGCAGACUUUGAAUAUUAGUCACGCUUAUGUCAUGAUUCAGUUAAAAAGUGCUUUCUCUGGUAAAAGGUAAGCUGGAGAAGAUUAGUCAGUGACUCCCCUCUGACUAAUAUUAACCAUCUAACUAUAACGUUUCACACUGACACUGUAGCAGACUGGGGAUUUGAUAGAAAGAUAAAUCCCACAUGUCUGUUCAUUGCUGCCGUGUUAGCUAUGCUUGUCUUAAUUUGGACAGAUUUCAAUCUAAGCAUAUCAACCAGUUACCAAUUUUCUUAUCAGCCAAGUGAUCCUGCAGUCUGUUAGACAUGUAGAACAUUAGCAAAUGUGGAUUAAAACAUGCAGAAAGUCGUGUGUGCAAUAUGAAUCUAUGUAGUGUUAACCGCCAACCUAUUUCAAGCUUACAGGUCUUAAACAUGAAUUACAUUUAAACUAGCAUUCCCUGGGUUUUGCAUAGUAAAAUGAGGUGCAGUAAAUCUUAGCAAAGUAUCAGCACAGGCUGCAUUUGCAUUAAAUGAUAAGCUUGUGAUUGAUAACAUUUUCCUCUGGAAUAAAUGCCUAAAGCAAGCCAGUGAGCAGUACCUUAUAAACUGUUAAGCCCCUUUAAAUUUGUUUGCUUUUAUUGUAGUGUGAGAGAGAAUAUCUCAUAAACCAUUUUAUAUUACCAUUUUGUUAUUUAAAGAUAAAAUGCGAGGCAUUUAGAAUUGCUUUUUCUACAUAUUUUUUGCCGUUCACAGUGACAAAUCUGGCAUUUAGUGAUUAUAGUAAUUGCCUUCCAUAUCUGCUUCUGUGAUUUCUAUAUGGUUUAAAAAAAGAGGCUUGCAUAUGUCUGUGGAAAAAAACACAAGUUAUUGAUUAACCACUAAUGUUUGGUGCUUUUACCGAGAGCUUCCCAAGUCCUAUUUAGUUGAUGUAAAACUCUAUCCCCUGUGCUACAGUAUAACUUGUUUUUGCGUGCUUAGAGAAUUAUGAUUGCCCUCAGUUAUUUUUAACAGUUUUGCUUAUCACAACAGGCAAUUUUGUAAUCAGUGAGUUAUGUUUUGGCUUGUAUGUGUAAGUAACGUUGCUGUUUUGUUUUUUUCAUUCAUACGUGGGCACAGUUUUUCUUAUUCUGCAUUUUCUACUACAUUGAAAGGACUUGUUCUACACAGAAGGGAAUUAUUGAAGUGGGUUUUUCACCUCAUGUAAAUACUCCAGAUCAUCAGCAGGGCUAAAAAUAACUGCAGUGUUACCAAAAUCCACACCCCAGGCUUGUCUGUGACCAAUAUAGUCCUAGCAGAGGCUUUCAUGCUGCACUGUGGCUACUAAGUAUAUCACCUUUUUGUCAGCAGGCCUAGACAGGCAUGCUUUAAAUAGCCUAUAUUGAACAUGAGACAUUAUGUAAGAGGAUAGAGUGGUGGCUGGAUGCACACUAGGCUUGUUUCCCCACAAGCUGCCCAAGGCUUAACCUGCAGCUCCCAGCUGCCCCCGUCUCUCCCACAGUACCACCACUUUUUACCUCUACUUUCCUGUCGACAUCUCGUCAGAUGUAUACCAGACUAUUUGAAAUCUCAUUCUCAUUGUGUUGUAUCUCCUCUCCUCACUGCCCAAGGCCAGAUGCAGGGAAAUGGGGCGUCUGGUGGUUGUCAAAGGCAAUCCUAUUCUUGGAAAGCCCUGAGUCACUCCUGUAGUCAUGAACGAGGCUGGUAGAGAAUAUGGAUAAGGCUUUAUAGACGCGGCAUGCUGUUGAGUUUGCUUUCAAGACUUUUCAGAAUUCACUCCUAUAUAAAUUCAUCUUAGACAACAUAAUUUUGGGGACAUCGUUUUUCAUUAGUAGGGGAGUUGCUUUGAAGUAGUCUCUCGAGUUUAGAUGUGUGCUGUACUACUGUAACAAUGUGGCCGUUACAUACUUUUUUCUUUUCUUUUUUUAAAGCAGGGAAUUAACAUUGUAUAAAGAUGAAAAUUUUUAAUUGUCAGUUUUAAAGUGGCCCUUGGAAAGAUAUUUACAAUUUGACAUACUUCUGGUAUGUAAGAAGCUGUGAUCAGGAGAUAAUUUUGCACUUUAUUGCGCAUUAUUCUGCUAGUGUGUCUGUAAUUUAAUGCUUUCAUUUGUACAUUUUAAAUCUUCAAACUUAACAUGAAUCUAUGGGCAUCAGAAGAAAAGUAGUACUAGGAUCUCAUGAGAUAAAUUGGGCAGCUUUGAAUCUCAAUGGUUUUCUACUAGACUACCUAACCCCUAAAAUGGUGUGUAGUUUUUGCACACACAUUUAUAGCUCUGACUGCAUAUCCCACAUACACUGUGAACAGAGCAAAGUAUGAAUUUGUCUUUGGGAUGAUAUUUACAAACUCCCAAAGCAGCUUAUGUGGUUACAGGUGCUUUGUUUUAUUAGUCACUCUUUAGGUGGUUAUUUGUUUAACCCCAAGUAGUUUGCAUUCAUAAUAGUAUUUGUAGAUACUAGACUGAUAAUAAUUAAAGUAGAUUCAGUCAGAUUAUACAGGUCCUUUCAGAUUGUUGUACAAUCUAAAAUUCACUGUAAGGUAGUUAAGAUUUGAACUGCAGCUUUUGUUCUCUGCAUUUAUUUUCUAACUCAUGUGUAAAGCUUCCUGACCCACCCAUGUGAAAUUAAUAGGCUAAUGGCAUACUGCUGAAUUGGCUGGAUUGAGGGCUUUAGCUUGGCGAUGACUAACUAUGAUCUGGUGUAACUACGGCAUGUUUAAUCUCCAGGCACAGGCAACACAGCUGUUGUAUUUAGCCUCAGACAAGAUGGUGAGGACCCCAUAGCCAGAGAAGGCUCUAUUAGCUUUAGGAUCAGAGUGAACUCUAGCGUGAGACCCUCUGACCUCUGAGGGUACAACUGGGGCACAGAAAGUGAGACUGAAGGGAGAACGGCAGAUGGUGGUUUACCAGUCAGCUAGUGCCUGUCACGUUCAUCUAAGGUGGCAAAGGAGGGAAGAGGGGGUGGGGACGUGGGGCUGCUGAUAGCACUGACGGGUGCUGGUAUCAGGCCCGCUCAUGCUCAUCCAAAUCCCAGAUUAAAGCCCCCCUCCCCCUUGUCUACUCUUCCUCUUGCACAUUAUCUCUCUCACUCUCUCUCACACACUCUUACAAAGCACCCCCUCCACUUCUGUCGUCUCUGUCUCACUCAGUCUAACCCAGUAACACUUUUAACACUUUUUUACACCCUUCCCGCUUUCGUCUCUAUAUCUCCUUCUCUCCCUCCCACCCUCCCUUGUGUAACAGUGCCCAGUGCUGGAUUACUAAGCUCUGAGGCUGCUGAAGCAAGGGGCUGUGGCAAGCUUCGACCACAAUGGUGAGGUGGUUUCACCCCAACAUUACCGGAAUCGAGGCAGAGCAGCUCCUGUUGACCCGGGGAGUCCACGGCAGUUUUCUGGCCCGGCCGAGCAAGAGCAACCCGGGGGAUUUUACCCUCUCUGUCAGUGCAGGCAUCGGCAGAACUGGCACAAUUAUCGUCAUUGACAUCCUUAUCGACAUUAUUAACCGCCAAGGUCUCGACUGCGACAUCGAUGUCCCAAAGACCAUCCAGAGGGUACGGCAGCAGAGAUCAGGCAUGGUGCAAACAGAGGCUCAGUAUAAGUUCAUCUACAUGGCUGUGCAGCAGUACAUAGACACAGUGCAGAAGAGACUGGAGGAGGAGCAGAGGAAUAAGAUGACAGAGAGGGAAUAUUCCAAUAUCAAAUAUCCCCAGAUGACCAACUCGAGGUCCAAGCACAACAUGACCUCCUCACGCUCUUCUUCUGUGCUGACAAACGACGAUUCAUCAAGCGUAUACGAGAACAUAAACUUCAAAAGCCCUCAGACAUCUUUCAGCAGUAAUACCAGGAGGUAAAAUCGGCACCGUGGACCUCCUCUUCUGUCUGCCUCUCUCUCCUGAAAAUCCCUUGGGAGGGUGGGGGGGACUCCACACUCGGUACACUCCACAUCGCUGGAUCUUGGCGUGGACCGAAAGUGGCGGGCUGAUGUGUCUGCUGCCACCGUCCUGCUGGACUUCUGUCUGUCCGGACUUCUGUGGAGUCCACAGCAUAGUGCCCUUACUCAGGCCCCCCACUUCCACUUGCCCUUUUUCUUCCCUCCUGUGCUAAUGCUUCUCCCUUUCUUAACCAGUACAAGUGCCUUGUCACAGGAUGUGUCUGUAAUCUAGCCAACCCAAACCCACUGUUACUCUGCAAGUCUACAUGAGGGCGAAAAACAGUUUUCUCUUAGGGUGACAGAUAUUAAAUGUGGAGCCCGGCCUGGCCUCAAGUGAACGUAGCUGUGUGGGACUAAGGGAAGAGGUCAAAACUAAGCCGUUUGUCCGCACGCUGCCCCGACUCACUCGGUUAUCUCUUUCUCAGUCUUGGCUGCUUGUCGUCUAAAUUGGAUUCUAAGACCGUUUUUGCUGUGUUCUGUCUGUCCAGCUGUGGUGGUUAUUAAUGUGGCCGCUGAGUGAUGGCAAGGGCAGUUGCAUAACCUGCUUCAUGACCCCAGUCACAAGACGGGCAAGCAAGUCCCCUCCCUCCUUUGAAUCUUUAAUGAAGUUGUCUUUUUAAGUUGUGAAAGUGAAUCAAUUUUAUUUAGAUAUGACUGAAUAUCAAAGUUUUGUAUUUUGAAGGAGUUAUAUAUAAUCUCACUAGCUGCAAAUGCAAUCCACUGUUCUUUGACAAUUUUGGAGGUGAUUUGUUUUCGCUGUCGGGACAAAUCCCAUCUGCCCCGACUGUCUAUGAACGUGAACAUGACCUCCAGUUAAAGAACAGUCAUUCAUGAAAACUAGGGCUGUUCUGUCCAUGAAGUCAUUUUUUUUUCUUUUACUGAUGUUGGUAUAAUGGUUAUGUUUUGAUGUUUAUUUAAAUAUAUAUUUAUAAAGAUGCGCUGUGGUGUAAGAAAUCAUUCUUAGAUAUUUGAAGUCCAUAUUUGACAGAAAACUGGGUGGAAAGGAUUCCUGAAUGGACGGUCGGAGUCGUGCUCAGCCGACCGCCGUCUCGCAGCUUAGUUUGACUGGUCGUCCUUGUUAAUCAGCGGGUCUGAUGCUGUUCAACAUCUGUCAGGGGGUAGAUUGUCACAAGGAGACAAGGGAAAGGGGGGCGAUUACAGUGAGGCAGAUGGCCAUCUGGCCCACUGUAAUCACCCCGAGAUUGAAGAAUAGAUUUGUCUCCAAAAAGUAAUUUAGAAGAUGGCCGUAAUCCAGGCUUGAUGAUAGCAGAGAGAGUAAGCUGACGUCACUGAUGUGAUAAGGAAGACAGCGGUGCCGCUGUGCAAAGGGCUGUGCAGCAGCUUGUUGGCUACUUUUAGCCUCAAGAAGCAGCACCAAAAUAUCCUGUGCAAAUAGAAGCGUAGAAAUGUUGGAAGUCUGUCCUAGAUGGUUUAAACCGUAGUCACUCAAUGUCCUGAAAACCCUUUUU